UUUUUGGCAGACUUGCAAGUGGCUGGCCAUAGUUGUAGAUCCAGGAUUGCAAUUCUUUGCUGAUCCCGGAUAGAAAUAACUGGCUAUUUGCAACCUGUUGGCAGAAAGUAGACAUUGACUGACUGCCGGGGCGCAGAGCCAGGGUAUAAAAGUAGUGGCAGGCUGCAUAGCUAUUGAGACCCCGCGCACCCCCAGGGUUGCAGGGACGUCCCAGCGCCCCGGGAAACACACCGAGUAAUUCCUGAUGCCUCUGCCAGGUUUCAGCCAGCGGCGGCGGGAACUAGGAGCGCUCCCUGACCUCACCGGGCAGCGCGGGCCGAGCGCACCGGCCGCCUCGGGCGCCCGGGCGGGGCGCGCCCCAGGUCCCAGGCCGGCGCGAGGAGCCAGGCCUCGGCUCCGGGGCCCCAGGACCCUUGUCUUCGUCGUCUGCAGUGUCCUGCUGCCGGUCCCAGCUGCCUCGGCCAUGGUAACCCAGCAAGAGAGAGUUCCCCAGCAGUUACCUGCCCCACAGAAAUCGAAUCACAGCCUCUGGGAGAAGGGGUGUCCACCAGGAUCCCGCGUAUCAGAAGACAAUAAAAAUUGUACAUUUUGUACAUAUGGAGUGGAUUACACCAGUCACUGGAGUAAGCUCUCUUCCUGCUUACCAUGCUCUACAUGUAAAUCAGAUGAAGAACAGAUCGCCCCCUGCACGAGGACUGAGAACACACGGUGCCAGUGCAAACGUGGCACUUUCCACGGAGAAGAUUCUCCCGAGGUCUGCCAGAAGUGCAGCACCAGGUGCCCCGAUGGGAUGGUUGAGGCCAGUCCCUGUACCGCCCGGAGUGACCUCAAGUGUGUCCACCAAGAAUCAGGUAUCCAGGCCAGUGGGGAGGCCCCAGUUCCUGGAGAGCCAGUGACCACGCACCCGUGGCCACCCACCGCUUCCUCUCCCUCCUCAGGCAAUCCGUGGCUGGUGAUGGGGAUUGUAGUCGGGGCAGUGGGUGUUGUCCUGCUGCUGGUGGUCACUGCAUAUUAUUACAGGAAGCGAGUCCUUCAAGGUUGUGGAGUGGACGCCAAGUGCAUGAACAGAGUCUUUUUCUGGCGCUCAUGUCCCCCAAGAGGGCCUGGGGCUCUGGACAACAGAGGAUCACCGUCCACCUUGGCCUCAGAGCAGGAACUAGAAGGCCAGGAGCUGAAAGGUGUCAGUACACAGUCCCCAGGGGAAGCAGAGCGUCUGCUGGGACCUGCAGGAGCUGAAGGCUCUCAGAUGAGAAGGAGGCUGCUGGUUCCAGCAAACGGCGCAGACCCCACGGAAAGCCUGAGGCUGUUCUUCAACUACUUUCCACGCAUUGUGUCCAUUAAUUCCUGGAACAUGUUAAUGCGGCAGAUGGGUCUCACGGACAACGAGAUCCACGUGUCCAGAGCUCGAGCCUUAGACCCAGGGGAUGCCUUGUAUGAAAUGCUGGUGACCUGGCUCGACAAAACUGGACGGGGUGCCUCAGUCAACACCCUGCUGGAUGCCUUGGAAACGCUGGGGGAAAGAUAUGCGAAGGAGACAAUUCAAGAUCACCUGGUGGGCUCUGGAAAGUUCGUCUAUGAGGAAGGUGGGGCAGGCUCCGCUGUGUCCUGAGUGUUUUAGGACCUCAUCCUUUGCACUUUUUUAUCCUAAUAGACUUGCACUCUUUACUUGAAUUUGUUUUACUGUAAGACAUGUCAUGUUGGUAUGUGUGCGUUUAAUUAUGUGUAACUAUUGCUUAACACUAUAUGAUGUACAUUUUUCUACAUUUAUAUUUUUCUAUAUUUAUAUGAACAUGGAAAAGAUUUUGGAAAUGUACUCACUUGGUUGUUUACAUGGGUUGCCUGGAUGAGAGCUGGCAAUCAAAAACAAGUAGAAAUACAAAAGGAGAAGGAGGAAAAAUCCCUACCUCUGUGGGGCUCUGGUGGAUUCCAGUUCUCCCUCAUAUGUACUUUGAGCUUGUCCAGGAUUGGAAGACCGGCAACUUCUAAAGUGCCCCUUUUCAACGCAUAGUUUCAUAGGUGUGUGAAUGUUUAUAGUAUUUAUAGGCAGAUGUUGACGAGUGAGGAGAAGUGGUAUCACAUGCAGCCCCGUGUCUGGGUGUCUCUGAACUGGGCAGUCAUGUGUGGGCCUCCUGCUCCUCAUCUAUGGGUGUGGGUGGGGUUAGAUCUGAGGUGGCAAAUAGGUUCUGUGUCAUCUGCCAUUUCAGGUCAUGUUAGUGCACCUUCAGCCCCCUCUGGGCUCAAGGGAGAGAGAACAUGGGUCUGCUGCUGGUGUCUGCCAUGGUGCUCAUGGAUUGUGUUAAAGGUUUGCUAACUCAGCACCAGAUGGGCCCUCUCACUUCUGAUGGUCUGUGAAUCUGAGGCCCAGGACUUCCGUUUUUGGUCCAGAGGUUACUAAGCCCCAAGGCACUGGUGACCCACAAGUGGGUCCCUUUGCCCAGAGCUGCCCGCUACCAAUAGAAUGAGACCAGCUUCUCAAUAGCAAUCAGAAACGUUAUUCAUUAAUCGAUGAAUGGAGGAGGCAGAGCGCCUGCUCUAAAACACCUUUUCCUGGAAGGGAAGGUGAGCAGGUUUCUUAUGGGAUGGGGGGGGAGUAGAGGGAGUCUCCACAUCAUCGCUCGGGGCGGGGCAUUUGGGGCAUGCACAGAUCUUCCCUUCCCUCGCAGGGCACCUUUUGCACACAUUUCCUUUUGCACAUGGCACCCCGCCGCCAUCUUGGACCUUUCUGGUUUGGACGUGUUCUGUGGUUUGGCCAUCUGGCAAUAUUCUGCCUUGGUUCCUAUAAGCAAGCACAACUUAAAAAUAAAGCAUUAGACAUAGAAAACGCUUUUAGGGACUUCUCUGGGGGGACACGGAUUGGCUGUUGAAAGAUCUUAGCCCCUCUGUAAGCAUCUGCUUCCUGCACGAAAGACUCAUGCAGAAAUACCAAUUCCUAAAUACUGUGUGAUUUGGCCUAAAAUGAUUGAUAUUUUAGAGUUUUGUCCUUUUAUUGCUUUAUUUUAUUUUUUUAAAUCCUCAGUAACCAUGUUAGCUCUUCUGCCAUUUGUUAAACUCAAACACAAACAGAGACCAGAUUUGAAAAUUCCCUGAGCAGAUGAAACCUGUUUGGUCAUAUAAGCAAAGCUUAAUUUAGUUUAUUUUGCAAGACAAGUGAGGCUAACUUAACCUGGGUCACUUCUUGCUGAUGCCUCUGGAAAACCUAAGCAAAACUUAGGGGCCAGCCCAGUGGCAUAGGGGUUAAGUGCUGUGCUCCCCUGCGGGGGCCUGGGGUUGGGAUCCGGGGUGUGAGCCCACGCACUGCUCAUUAAGCCAUGCUGUGGCGGCAUCACAUAUAAGGUAGAGGAAGAUGGGCACGGAUGUUAGCCCAGGGCCAAUCUUCCUCAGCAAAAAGAGGAUUGGCGACAGAUGUUAGCUCAGGGCUCAUCUUCCUCACAAAAAAAAAAAAAAAAAGAAAACUUGUUCCCCAGAAUUGAUAUGGGGUGAUCGCUAACCAAUUCCCUUUUACUUAAGAAAAUUCUAAUAUUGUAACCCAUCACAGUGAAGAAUAAACAGUCCCUGCCUUCUCCCUAUAGAAGCUGCUUUAUAACAACGGACCUCUGAGCCUCAACUCACUCAUGGUGUGGUUUGAAUGCGCCCCGUUUGCAAACUAUCUUUUUGUUGUGUGCACAAUAAACUUUUAUUAAUUACUACAGUGA